AGGCUUGCAGCGGAGCGAUCCAUGCGAUUUCCCUGAGCACUGGCGCGGUGGAGAGAGCUUGCGAGAGAGGAAUCCGGGAAGAGGAAGGGGGGCGCUGGAGCUGGAGUGGUGCUCCGAAACAAGCUGGAGAGGAAGAGGAGCAUGUACGCUUUCCUGGAGAGGUACUGCUGCUAAGCCGGGCUGCUGGCAGAAGGUCCGCUGCUCCACCACUGCUGACAAGGGAACUGUAGUUUGACACCAGUAGCCGAGGCGGUGGCAGUGGCGGCGCCCCCCAAAGGCCAUGGCCCCCCGCAAGCGUGCCACCCGGGGCUUCUCCUUCAUCUUUUGCUGCUUCCAGAACCAUGACCACCCGGAGAUCACCUACCGGCUGCGGCAGGACAGCGACUCGGCACUGCAGGUGCUGGAGCCUGCCCUGCCCCUGCCGCCCAGUGAGGAGGAGCUCGACGGCAUGUUCUCCGAGCUGGUGGAUGAGCUGGACCUCACAGAGAAGCACAGGGAGGCCAUGUUUGCCCUCCCCACGGAGAAGAAGUGGCAGAUAUACUGCAGCAAGAAGAAGGAGCAGGAGGAAAACAAGGGCGCCACCAGCUGGCCGGAGUAUUACAUCGACCAGCUGAACUCCAUGGCCGUGAGGAAGACUCUUCUGGCCUUAGAUAAAGAGGAUGAAGAGGAAAGGAACAAGACCAUUGAAAGCUUGAAGACGGCUUUGCGGACGCAGCCAAUGAGGUUCGUGACCAGGUUCAUCGACCUGGAUGGCCUGUCGUGUAUCCUGAACUUCCUGAAGAGCAUGGACUACGAGACGACAGAGUCGCAGAUCCAUACCUCACUGAUCGGAUGCAUCAAGGCCCUGAUGAACAACUCGCAGGGCCGGGCACACGUGCUGGCACACUCUGAGAGCAUCAACAUCAUCGCCCAAAGCCUGAGCACAGAGAACAUCAAGACCAAGGUAGCCGUGCUGGAGAUCAUGGGCGCUGUCUGCCUGGUCCCUGGAGGCCACAGGAAGGUCCUGCAGGCCAUGCUGCACUACCAGAAGUUUGCCUGUGAGAGGACUCGUUUCCAGACCUUGAUAAAUGACCUGGACAGGAGCACAGGGCGGUACCGAGAUGAGGUGAACCUGAAGACGGCCAUCAUGUCCUUCAUCAACGCGGUGCUCAGCCAAGGGGCUGGGGAGGCAAACUUGGAGUUCCGUGUCCACCUACGGUACGAGUUCCUCAUGCUGGGCAUCCAACCGGUCAUAGAUAAAUUACGCUCCCAUGAAAAUUCCACGUUAGACAGGCAUUUGGACUUCUUUGAAAUGUUGCGAAACGAUGAUGAGCUGACCUUGUCCAAGCGUUUUGAAUCUGUUCAUAUAGACACUAAGAGUGCCACCCAAGUGUUCGACCUCAUCCGUAAGAAGCUGAGCCACACGGACGCGUACCCACACCUCCUCUCUGUGCUCCACCACUGUCUCCUCAUGCCUCAUAAGAGGUGCGGGAACACCGUACAUUACUGGCUGCUCCUGGAUCGCAUCGUACAGCAGAUGGUGCUGCAGAGUGACAAAGGUCACGACCCUGACGCCACACCACUGGAGAACUUCAACGUCAAAAAUGUGGUUCGCAUGCUGGUCAACGAAAAUGAAGUGAAGCAGUGGAAAGAACAAGCUGAGAAAAUGCGGAAGGAGCACCAGGAGCUGCAGCUAAAGCUGGAGAAAAAGGAACGCGAGUGUGAUGCCAAGACCCAGGAGAAGGAGGACAUGAUGCAGACGCUCAACAAGAUGAAGGAGAAGCUGGAGAAGGAGACUACCGAGCACCGAGCCGUCAAGCACCAGGUGUCGGAGCUCUCCUGCCAGCUGCAGGAGCUCAGCUUGAGACAGCAAGCUGCUAUCCCCGGAGGCCCCCCCGUCAUUCGAGGUCCACCUGGGGCCCCUUUGCCCUACCCCCCACCUCCACCAGGGUGUAUGCCCCCUCCACCUCCGCCUCAACCCUGCGGUGGCCCACCUCCACCACCACCACCACCACCUCCUCUAGGUGGUCCCCCACCUCCUCCUGGAUGCCCUCCCCUCUUUGGGGCCCCUCCUCCACUGGGAGCUCCUAUGAGGCCUGCCCUUAAGAAGAAGAACAUUCCGCAGCCGUCUAACCCGCUCAAGUCCUUCAACUGGGCCAAACUCUCUGAGGAUAAACUCGAGGGAACAGUCUGGGCUGAGGUUGAUGAUGUCAAGGUUUUUAAGGUCCUAGACCUGGAUGACAUUGAGAAGACCUUCUCAGCCUACCAGAGGCAGCAGGACUUCUUUGUGGUCAGUAACAGCAGGCAGAAAGAGAACGAGGAAGAUCCUGUAAGCUCUAAAAAGGUUAAGGAGCUGUCUGUCAUCGACGGCCGCCGAGCCCAGAACUGCAACAUCCUCCUGUCGCGGCUGAAGCUGUCCAACGACGAGAUAAAGAGGGCCAUCCUGACUAUGGAUGAGCAGGAAGACCUGCCCAAAGACAUGCUAGAACAGCUCCUGAAGUUUGUCCCUGAGAAAAGUGACGUUGACCUCCUGGAGGAGCACAAACAUGAGCUGGACCGCAUGGCCAAAGCUGACCGCUUCUUCUAUGAGAUGAGCAGGAUCAACCACUACCAACAGAGGCUGCAGGCACUGUACUUCAAGAAGAAGUUUGCAGAGCGAAUCGCCGAAAUCAAACCCAAAGUGGAAGCACUGACCAAGGCCUCCAAAGAGGUCCUGCACAGCCGGAACCUGAAGCAGCUUCUGGAGGUGGUCCUAGCGUUCGGGAACUACAUGAACAAGGGCCAGAGGGGCAACGCCUACGGCUUCAGGAUGUCUUCGCUCAACAAGAUUGCCGACACCAAGUCCAGCAUUGAUAAGACUGUCACUCUGCUGCACUACCUGAUUACCAUCCUGGAGAAGAAGUACCCCAAGGUGAUGCUCUUCCAGGAGGAUCUCCAGGCCGUGGGACAAGCUGCCAAAGUCAGCAUGACUGAACUGGAUAAAGAAAUCAACAAUCUGCGUAGCGGCUUGAAAAACGUGGAGAGUGAGCUGGAGUUCCAGAAGAAACUAACGCCAGCGCCAGGAGACAAGUUUGUGUCGGUGGUGAGCCAGUUUGUGACGGUGGCCAGCUUCAGCUUCUCUGAUGUGGAGGACUCCCUUCAGGAAGCCAAAGAUCUAUUCCAAAGGGCUCUGAGGCACUUCGGUGAGGACGGCGGAAAGGUGCAGCCCGAUGAGUUCUUCGGCAUCUUUGACCAGUUCCUGCAGUCCUUCGUCGAGGCCAAACAGGAGAAUGAGAACAUGCGACGUCGCAAGCAGGAGGAGGAGAGGCGAGCGCGCAUGGAGGCCCAGUUAAAGGAGCAGCGUGAGAAGGAGCGCAAAGCCCGCAAGGCAAAGGAGAACGGCGAGGAGGACGGCGAAUUCGAUGACCUGGUGUCGGCACUGCGCUCAGGCGAAGUCUUUGACAAGGAUCUGUCCAAGAUGAAACGUAACCGCAAGCGUGUCACCAGCCCGGCAGCUGAGACGUGCAGCAGGGAGCGGCCAGUCACCAAACUCAACUUCUGACAUGGCUGGUGUUAGACCGCCGGAGACAUAGCUGAGGAGCUCAUGUUUACUCAGCCUGCUUUCCUCUACUGGACUGCCACCUGGUGGUAGACUCUGGAAGUUACUCCUCAUUGUCUCGCAAUCUUCUUCCCUUGAACUCCGCAAAAGUAAAACUGAACAAUGAUACCGUCGUCUUGUGCGAAAGCACAAUUUUAACAUUAUUUAUGUCUAAUAACUUUGUCCCAAAACCAAAAAAAAGGCACUCCCUGAGAAAAUGUGCAGAGAAAAGAACGGAAAUUGGAACCAGCUUCUAGUGUCCUGUGCAGACGGACAUUUACUCUUCACCAGGUGAGACGGGGAACAUUGUAGUGCACCAGUCAUGGCUGAGGACAAGUCUCUGUUGAGGGCCGGCUGUUCAUACUGAGGGUCAUGUGAUGCUGAAAGAGGCCGUGCUCAGCCAAUCGGAAUGAAGCAAGGGCCAGCUGUUCUUACUGAGGGUCACGUGAUGUUGAAAGAGGCCGUGCUCAGCCAAUCGGAAUGCAGCAAGGGCCAGCUGUUCAUGCUGAGGGCGUCACGUGAUGCUGAAAGAGGCCGUGCUCAGCCAAUCAGAAUGCAGCAAGUGUCUUCCUUGCUUUAUCUGCUGCUCUCUGGUUGACUGCAAGCCCAUUCCCUUUAAUAUGUUAACAUUUAAUAUGUUAAUUCCUAACUUGGUUACCAUGUUGCUUCAGAAAAACAAUCCAUGCAAUUAUCCAGUAAUUUUGUGGGGGGAAAAAAUGUUUUAAAGUAUGUUUAAGAACAUAUAUAAACAAAAAUAUUUUCACCUUAUAGAAUAAGUUCCUUUCUCAGGACAUUUUUAAAAAAGGUGUUCAGCUGAGCCUCAUUUGUUUUGUCGACUUUCGUCUUGGACUGAUGCAGAAUCUCUGAAAUUAACCCCCCGUUUACCGCCGGUAACAUGUGCUGCUCUUAUGGGUUUUGUAAAAGUCACGUCUGUGUCUCAUUGAAACACUGUGCAACUUCACCUGACGUCGGUGCAUCCAGCUGAAUGUGUUUAGCUGCAGUUCACACAUGAGCCACCAUCGUGUGAAAUGUAAGGUCAUCUCCAAAGCAAGCAAGCUCUGCAAUGUCCUUCCCAUCAGCGUGGCUGUGGGACAGUGUUUCUCCUGAAUAAAGUUUGUUUUUUUGA